AUGGAAGGCAGGAAGACCAAGGGCAGGCAAAAGAUUGAAAUGAAGAGGAUUGAAAACCAAGAUGAUCGCCUUGUUACUUUCUCGAAAAGGCGAUCUGGCGUGAAUAAGAAGGCAAGUGAGUUAGCAACCCUAUGCGGCGCUGAGCACCAUGAUUAUGAUCAAAAUCAUGAUAAUAUUGAUGAUGAUAUAAUGAAUCUUGAUGCUGUUGAUCGGAGCCGCCAUACUAUUGUGGAGGCCUACAGGCAGGUAAGAAUCGAUGAGAUGAAUAAGAAACACAACGAGUUGGUGAGCGAGCUAGAAGUUGAGAGGGAGCGAGGGAAAGCGCUUCAACAGAGGAUGAAAGCAAAAGCAAAAGAAAUAUCAUCAUCAAUAGAAGCAGCUGGAAGCAGCAGCAGCAGCAGCAGCAGCAAGAGCCGGUUACAGGACUGGUGGGAGGCUCCUUUUGAGGAGCUCGACUUGAAAGGACUCAAACAAUUGCAUGCUUCCUUUCAACACCUCCGCAAUGAUCUCCACCCUGCUCUCACCUGCCUCAACAACCUCAAUCCUCACUAG